GCAGCCACGCUAAAAGACCUUGAGAAACAAGGGAGUGAACUGGGCUUGUGCUGCUGUCUGGCAGAUUUUCAAGCGUCUAUUUACAUUGCCACCCCACCUGGAGCAGACAGGUGUUGUUGUUGUUGUCUGUGCUGCUGCUGUCAUCGAUAUUGUCAUUGACAUCUUCAGUUAGCUGCGCAGCGUCGCGUUUUAUCGCAGGCCAAAAGUGAACCCCUUGUGUAUUUGUUAAAUAACUUUCAACGCACACACACACACGCACACACAAAUGUAGAUACAUUCGUAGCUAAUCAGUUGCCAAAGAUAACAGCCAGAGCGCACUUAGCCAGGCCAAAGCUAAAGCCAGUGACAGCUACAGCGACAGCGACAGCGCCAGCGCCUUUGCCCACGUUUUGUACGCAGCUGGCCAACUGACUGGGCCAACUGUGACUCAACUUUGGCGUUAACAGCCGCUGCCUCUGCCUCUGCCGCUGCCUCGUUGCCAGCGCCCCAAUAUUACAAUAGUCUCGAGUCUCUGUUAGCGUUUGCGGUCGCUGCUGCUGCUGCAUCUUUUAUUCAUAAUCAAAAAGUAAACCAUAAAUUCAGUUGACCAAAAUUGUUGCCUUAACUGUGAUUUGUUUUAUUUGGGCCUCACUGUGUUUGUGCUUAUUCAAUUAAUACAUUUGUCUCGUUUCGCCGUUAUUGUGUGAGUUAUUUUUUUAAUAAAUGCAUUCAUAAUAUACGUUACACAGCACAGCCGUUGCGCCGCCGCAUAAAUGAUUAGUACGAGCAGCAUGAGGUCACAGGAGGGUCAACAGGCAGCCGGGCUGCCGCGACCCAAAAACAAUGCGUCCAGCACACAGCUGACCCAGGAUGAGAACGAUGCGGUCUUUAGGCUACUGGGACGCAAGUGUCAGACCUUAAACACUGCCGUUGUGCAAAUCUACAAGACGGAGGGCAAUGCGCACUCGCACUGGAAGAAAAAGCACACAGGCGUCGUUUGCUUUGUCAAGGAUAGCGCCAUACGAUCCUAUUUUUUGCGCGCCUACUGCCUGAUCAAAAACGAACUGAUUUGGGAGCAUGAGAUAUACGAUGGCAUGCAGAUUGUCAAAUCGCGUCCCUUUCUGCUCACCUUCGAGGGCAGCGACGGCAACGUUGGCUUAAACUUUAUCUCGGAGGAUGAGUGCGAUUCGUUCUUUCGCGUCCUGGACGCCACAAUAGAAACCCGAAAUCGCAAGCGUCUGGAGAAGCGCAAUAGGCAAAAGUCCCAACAAGCUCCCAAUGCGCCAAUGCCGCCUGUGUCACGAGAGCCAACGCGUCCGCCCUCCAUUAUAGGCAAGAGCCCCAUGCCGACGACAACGACGACGACAGUAGAUAGCGGUGCCGUGCAGCUGCGCAACAAUAAAAUCAACUCGGUAACGCUGACACCGGCGCCCGCGCAGCCACCAACCAAAAACUUCUUGUCGAGCAACUUUGGACUGAGCGGUUCGGCGGGCAAGGAUAAGAAACGCAAGGUGACCAAAGCAGAUAUUAGCCAACCGACGAAUUUUGUGCAUAUCAGCCAUGUGGGCUGGGAUGCGAACAAGGGCUUCGAUUUGACGGGCAAUGAGAGCGAUGAGAUGCUGACCAAGUUCUUUGCCAAGGCUGGCGUCUCCGAGUCCCAGCUAAACGAUCGAGAUACACGCGCCUUCAUCUAUGACUUUAUACAGAGCAAUAAUGUGCUGGCCUCGGUCAAGCAGGAGGAGAUUGAAUCGCCCACAGAGCCAACGCCGCAUAUGCCGCCACCGGUGCCGAGUCGUCAUCAUCCUCAUCAUUCACAGAAUGGCAACCAAAGAUCUGCACCGCCGCCUCCACCGGUGCGACAGCCGCCGCCACCAUUGCCAACGACGGCACCGGGAGCAGCACGCGCGCCACCGCCACCCAGCAGACCGCCACCCAUCAAUGCGGCUCCACCGCCACCGCCACCACCAACGGUCUGUCCGCCCGCAGCAGCGCCGCCCCCACCACCGCCACCACCUCCUGCGGCUGCGCCACCUCCUCCACCGCCACCACCACCCAUGGCCGUGGCGGAAGUGCCGAUUAUUGCGUCAACGCAACCAACGGCUCAGGCCAGCAAAAUUGCACCCGAAGUGGACACGCGCAAUGCGCUUAUGGAUGCCAUACGGAAGGGCAAGUCGCUUAAGCCGGUGGAGCCAGUAGCUACAAGUAGCAAUAGUGUUGAUCCGCGCAACGAUCUAUUGGGUCAGAUACGUGAGGGCUUCACCUUGAAGCCAGUGACUGAACGUAAACUACCUGAACAGCGGAUCAGUGAUGGUAGCGCUGGUGCUACCGAUGCCCUGGCCGAUGCACUGCGUCGUGCACUUGCGGCACGUGGCACAGUCAUGCAUUCAGACGACGAGGAGAGUAGCACAUCCUCGGACAACGAUUGGUCCGAAUAGAUUAACAACUAAGCGGCCAUUAGAGAUGAUUGUUGGCAAACACAUUAUUCCAAAUAUAAGCAAUAAUUUAAUUUGUGCUUUGGCAUUUUGAUUUAUCGCCAGAUAAAUCACUGUAAAUACUGUUUAGUGAAUUUUUCAUACCUCUUUAAUUUAAUUUUUCUAAAAACUGUUAAACAACAACAAAAUACGCAAAUUUAUUAACACAAGAAAAAGUAACGAAAAUAAUUAUGAUUGCAUAAUAACGAUUUUUUUCCACUACAAAUUCACAUAUGCAAAUAUUUCCUUUUAAUUGCUCAAAAAGAAA